AAAAAAGCUAUCUUAUCUGUUUCACUGAACUGAUAUCUCGCCACCAAAUUCGUUUACAAAACAUUUGUGUCACACAUUGCAUUAGCCGUGGUAAUACCUAUUGUUCUGUGGAAUACAAGUCUCCCAACUCUGCUAAUUAAGAGUAGUGACGAACCCUCCCUGCCGCCGCCAUGUGUCCCUUGACGGAGCCACUCGCCGGGGGAAUAGCGCAGUUAUUAAGCAUUUCCCUCACAUUAAUCGUCGCGAGCCUACACUUCUGGAGGGGAGGAGAGUCGGUCCUAUAUGGAGUCGUCACUUUAUCCAUAUUCUGCUUCGCGGGAUGGAUUACUAACUGGUUUAAUUAUAUGAGACAUGAAGUCAACAGACAGUCACAGAGGUCAGCGUCCAAGAAAAUGUUCAUUGUAAUGAGCAAUUUUUUCCCAGGCUACAGCACUUUGUCCUGGUACCUGGAGUGGUUGAAAUCACCCAGCAGCUGGAGUGCACAGUACUGGGUGUCAGUCUUAAGGCUUUUCCAGGGCGCUUUGGGCGAUUUGCCUCAAGCGAUACUACAGACGUAUCUCAUCAUCCAUUUUUGGUGGGAAAAAUAUUUUGAAGUGUGGGAGUUCUACGUGUUGCUUGUCCAAUCCUCUGUGUCUGUUUCGGUGGCCGUGUUUUCCAUCUGUAGUUAUAUCAGGAAGGAGUAUUUUGAAGAGGAGCAUCGUUUACCUGAGAACAAAGAUUUCCUGGUGGUUGUUGUAGCCACGAUACUGAAUUUAGGUGGUCGUGUAACUUCACUAGCACUGGUGGGAAACGUAUUCAGCGCCUGGUGGAUGACAGGAGGCUUCGCUGUUAUCUUAACCGUCAAUUAUUCCAUGAGCCUGUACAUUUUCGCCAGAGGAGGGGGCGGCGGCGAGAUCACAUGGGCGAAAAAGAUAUUCUACCCGAUCCCAAUCGCUUUCCUUUACGCGCUGUCCAUGACGAAGAAAAGAGGCUUAAUGGUAAUGAAUACCUUUCUCUGGAUACUUUUGUCUCUCCCCCAGCUAGUUUUGUACAACGAGAAGCUUCUACAGUGGGUUUUGUUCGCAGUACCCUUUCUGGCGCAGCUCUUCGCUCUUUUGCUCCUCCUGUGCAAGUGGAGAGUAGUUAAGAUCGCCUUCAGGAGGUUCGAAAGACUUGAGGGCAGGCCAGUGAGUGAAAGAGCAAGGAGAGGAAGAGAGAAAGGACAGUAGAUGAAAAUAAGGGGAGAGAGAGAGAAGAUGAUAUAUGAAAAAAGGAGAGAGAGAAAG